GUGAAAACCUGAGACCGGCCCUGUUCAAGGUUUCUUAGCUCCGAUGACGUGCUCGGGCAAGGACCACCACGCGUGGCUGCCGCCCACUCACUGCCGCUCAAUCGGCCGUUGUCAAUGUGGGCCCAAUCAACCAACCACAACGCAACAGCUUACAGGAUCAGGGAAAACGUCAAAACCCGCAGAAUGCUCUUGCCGUUGAUGAGCGAUAAAAGCCGCGAUGAGACGGUCGUUCAUACCAGUUAUUGGAGCCGACCUCACGGAAGUCGGGCUGGCCGACUGACCGACUGACCAGGAGUAGAAUGCGAGCUGCCCAAUCUCUUGCCGGAUUGCAACGGCACCCGGAUGCCCGACAAUGGUUCGGCAUCGGGGUCGGCUUUGGGGGUUAGGGUUAUGGCCCAUGCACCCAUGUUAUUGAACCCCUGGAUGCUGAUGGUGUGGUUCACCAACAUCGCUCACGGAGAGUUCUCUUUCCGUGGACCACCUAGUGCUGGGUUCAAGUUGUUUGCCAAAGGGGUGCAGGGAGAUAGGGGGGCUGUCGUACCGCUCACACUGCUGCUACUGUCGACCACCGCCGCCGUGCUGGAGGUGUUGUUCGCCGGCGCACCGGCCUGUGAGGAGGCCCGCGUCACCGUGCGCAGCGUCGUCUCGCUGCAUGUCGAUGGGAAGGAAGUCCAGGCGGAUACGGUGUCUUCUUCGCACGAGGUUGAGCUCUCGCUCAAGGGAGCCGUCGCUGCUUCUUCGCAGCUUGUUGAAGUGCCCGCUGAAGUCGCCGAUGGUGCAGACACGGUCUCUCUACAGGAUGUCGUCUCAAUGGCAUGGGUAGACUGCGUGGUCUCACCUGUGCAAGUGGUAUCUAGGGGAACGCUCGCCGUGCUGCUCUGGGAUGGGGCUAGAGGCGACGGGACGGUCUCACCAGAGGUGCAGCUCGUCGAGGCUGUUUCGCUGCCCGAAGAACUCGACGGCGAGUGUGUCCCGGCGGUGAUACCGUCCAGAGCGCUGGUCGACUGGCCUGCGGUUCCUAAUGCUGUAAGGGAUACCUCGACUGGUCUGGUUCCAGUUGGGCCCACACUUACCACGGUUGAGUUGGGGAGUGGGAAAGGUGCCAGACUCGACAGAACCGAUGAUGAGGCCGGGGAUCCAGUACCCGUCUUGGGCGACGACGUAAAGCCCACAGUCCCACCGCUACCAGUUGGCGAAGGGGUGCUAGAAUUCGAUAGCGGGAACGGUAUGCUGCCAGUUGAGACAGCAGGAACACUGCCGGUGCCCCGCACCCCCGAGCUCAAAGGCACAGAAGUUCCUAUCCACGAAGACUGCGCUGUAACUCCACUGGCGACAGUCUGGUUCGUGAGGGGGUAUGGAGCGGGGGAGCUCUUGGAAACGGCCGGCGCCGUCGAGACUCCGGUUCCAGAUCCGGCAAUGGAUGAUGUCCUUGUCGUGUUCGGGAACGGGAACGGCGCAAGACUAGAACCUGUGACAAGGCUUGUGGGUGUUGUGAGGCUGCCACCGGUAGGAGAGCCCAAGGUGCUCGAAUUUGAGGGGGGAAAGGGAGCAGAAGCUGAGGAAGUACCGGAAGACCCGAUCAAUGUAUCUGUGACGGAGGAUGAGAGAGGCGUGCUGGAGGACCUUCUGCCGCCGGUGACCGGGCUAGAACUACCCAAAGGUGAGGGCACUAGGGUUGCCUUAGAGACCUCAGACGAUGUUAGCCCAGUGUCACUGACAGUUGGGCCGGCCGUCGGUCCCCUCGCAAGUGAAGAGUUGCUGGGAGAGAACGGUGGUGUUUGUAUCGACGUCUGUGAGCUCCCGGGCGGCCACUGCACGCUCGUACCUACCGAAGCCGCUCCCGUUGACCUAGGCAGACUUGUCGAAUUGGAGAACGGGAACGGCGCAGAGUUUGACCCGGUCCCUGGAACCCGAGUGCCGGAUGCCGGGACGCCAGUGCCGCUCCCAGGUACCGAAGUAGGGCUUGUUCCUGUAGGACCAACCUGA